CAAACGUGAAUUCGUCUCGAAAUCGCCUUCAAUGGAUGGGUUACGAAUUAAGUAGUUUGUGUUUAAUGGAAAUUAUAUUUUAGGUGAGGUAAGAGAUGUCCGAAUGUUAAUUUGAAGUGUGAACUUGUUAUGUCUUAAUUCAUUACGAGCAUAGGAUAUUGUGAACGUCCGUUUAACAUGGCGUACAAAAACGACAUGUGGGGACGAUAACGCUUGUCCUUUGUCGUGUUAGAGUCUAUUUCGAGCAUUAAAAGUGGUUAAUAUUUAGUUUUUGAGCUGUAUAUAAAGUUUCCGAGCUGUUACAUAAUCGUUUUGUGGGCUUGAAUGUAAUCUUACGACAUAAGUAUCGAACAUUGCAAUGGUGAAAACCCGUCGCAGCAAUGGAGAAAACGGGGAGGUUGACGAAGGAAAUUAUUCGAUAAACGACAUUGGCAGCGUCUCUGAUGAGAAGGCAUCAAAUUGGUCCCAGAGAGAAUUACGAAGCAGCCAAUACAAAGUUACAAGAAAAAUUCAACGCUGGCCAACUAAAUAUAGCCGCAGCAGACUUCGAGCAAUCAAAAUGCCUCGCAUAAUGUUUCCCGAGAGUGACACAGAACCUGAAAAGUAUUCAAGAAGGUCUCGCCAAGUAAGAGUUUUCUUCGCCGACGACAAUGAUUCGACUAAUAGGAGCAUGAAGAUCCGUCGUAACCGCGGCCCUAGGAAGAAUUUUAUGGAUGUUGCCGAGGAUAAACCAAUACAACAAAACGUAAGACGUAGUUGCCGCAAGCGUAAACUUCUCCACCACAACUUCAAUGAGAGCUGGAUCACCAAUGAGCUCAAGGUUAAAGGUUAUCCCGACUUGUAUGGUUUCCCCGGGACCAGCUCAUCUGACGAAUUUUCCUCGGGCGAUGAGGCCAGGGAUACCAAGAAACUGACCCGCAGUCACGUUCCAACCAACACGGAUGAAGAUACUCAGCUGUCGCGUUUGAGAAGAACUUCAGCCAGAUUCACAAAUAAAAAGGAUGCUUCAGAAUCGGACUCAGAUGAUGAGAAAAACCAAACUGUUAUAGAGAAGAAACCAGUUGAAACGAAAAUAGAAAAAGAGGAAAAUGAAAAAAUGGACAUACAGGAAGAAAUACAGGAGAGAACACCAAAGGAGAAGUUGGAGAAAGAAAUUAAAAACGAAGAGAAAAACAUAGUGCAAGAUAGUGAGAGUAAUCAAAGACCAGUUCGAUCUACUAGAGGAAGGAGAAGUAAGAAGAAAGUUAACCUCCAACAGGAUACUGCUUCGUCAUCAUCAUCAUCGGAGUCGGGUAGCGUGCUGGGCUUGCGUCCGCGACGCUCCAAACGAACGCGCGCCGCUCAGCCCGCAAGAUUCGUGCAACUUGCUCCCAGAGAGACCAGGCCAAGAGGAAAAACAUUCACACUUAGAAAGAAACCAUAUAGCUUGAGAGAGAGAAAGCCAAAGUUACUACGUAGGAAAACAAUAAGAUCACAAUCUCCAUCAAGUUGCAGUAGUAGUAGCACAACUGGUUCAGACACCGAAGAAGAUCUCAACGUGUCUAUGAAAAACAAAACUAAGGGCCGGCAAAAAUCAAAAUCCAUGAAUGAGGACAAGAAAACUGAUAGAGCUCUGCGUGAUAUACAACCAAUAGAAGUCGAUGGGAGCGUCCGGUUCUCGUCUGUGGGAGGUCUAGAGGAACACAUAAAAUGUCUUCGAGAGAUGGUUCUAUUCCCCCUAAUGUAUCCAGAACUCUUCGACAAGUUUAAAACACGACCGGCCAAAGGUGUUCUAUUCCAUGGGCCACCGGGCACUGGAAAGACUUUAUUGGCAAGAGCUUUGGCAAAUGAAUGUAGUCUGGUUGGGGGCAGGAAGGUAGCGUUCUUCAUGAGGAAAGGAGCAGAUUGCUUGAAGAAAUGGGUUGGUGAAAGCGAGAGGCAUUUAAAAUUGCUUUUUCAACAGGCGAACAAAAUGAAGCCGUCAAUCAUAUUCUUCGAUGAAAUAGAUGCUUUGGCGCCAGUGCGUAGUGUGAGACAGGAGCAAGUUCACACCAGUGUUGUAGGCACGCUAUUGGCUGAAAUGGACGGCGUUUGUGACAGAGGGGAAGUCAUAGUGAUAGGUGCAACUAACCGGUUAGAUGCAGUUGACCCUGCACUAAGACGCGCUGGGCGGUUCGAUAGAGAACUCCACUUCCCCCCACCUCACUCGAGCGCUAGACGUGACAUUCUAGACAUAUACACAAAGCACUGGCAACCCAGGUUGAGUGACAACACGUUGGAUCACAUAGCUGACAUCACCAACGGAUAUGGAGGUUCCGAUUUGAAAGCAUUAUGUUCUGAAGCAGUAUUAAAAGCGCUAAGAAGAGUCUACCCACAAGUAUACGACAGUGAAUAUGCAUUGGUCAUUGUUCCAAAAAAUGUGGAAGUAACGGAAGGUGACCUUGAAGCAGCGAUGUGCGGUUUAGUAGCAGCCGGAGCUAGAAGUAGUCCGGCGGCCGCACACCGAUUACCGCAUUACACUAUACCGCUCCUGCAGACGCAGCUACGAUCCAUUGCCUCUAUGAUAAAGGAGCCCUUGCCUGUACAGGGACGCGGAAGAUACACAGAUACACCUGCCUCAUCCAACGUUUUGCUGAUAGUGGGAGAUUGUGCGGAAACUCAUUUGGCACCCGCUUUAUUGGCACAGCUAGAGCGCUGUGCGGUACGCGAACUAAGCGUCACCGCACUGCAUUCCGCACUUGCGUUCACUCAGGAGCAAGCGUUGAUAUCGUUGUUCUCCGAAUGCCGUCGCGCUGAUCGCGGUUGUAUCCUUUUCAUCCGUGAUAUAAUGGAUGUAUGGCGCAGCUUGAGUUGUGGCGCGGGUGCUGCGCUUUUGUUGCAACUUUGGAGAACGCGCGCGGCGGGAGAAAACACCUUGCUUAUUGCCACUGCGCCUGCGCAUGCUAUAUUACCACCACAGCUUCAGGAACUGUUCCCAGCUUACAAAGACUGCGUAUAUAGGGUGCGGGAACCUACCUCAUCUGAAGUGAUCAACUUCUUGAAGCCGCUCAUCACUGAAUCACCUUUGGAGGCACCUGUAAUCGAAAACAAUCAGCCUCCGCCUCCACUGCCUAGAGCCCCGCCCCCUCCUCCACCUCGUGAGAGUGAAGCAGAGAUAGCCCGAAGAAAGAGAAAGGAAGAUUACAAACUCCGCGAGCUUAGGAUUUUUCUUCGCGACAUCUGUAGGAAGUUAGCAUCGAAUCGUCGUUUUUACAAGUUUACUAAGCCUGUGGAUUUGGAAGAGGUAACAGAUUAUUUAGACAUAGUAAAGCAGCCUAUGGACUUGGAGACGAUGAUGACCAAAGUGGACCUGCACCAAUACAACUGCGCCAAAGAGUUCUUAGAUGACGUGGACCUUAUUUGCGCUAACGCUCUUGAGUAUAAUCCUGAUAGGGCUAGAGCGAUGUCUAGAACUUCGUCGGACAAGCAGAUACGUCACGAAGCAUGCGCGUUACGGGAUCACGCGCAUGCGCUUAUCGACGUGGAAAUGGAUAGCGAUUUUGAGCUGGACUGCCAAGAAAUAGCCAGGCGACGCGUCGAGGAAGGCGCUGCGGAUAAUGAUCUACCAGACUUUAUCUAUACUGCUUCCAACUUACCGCAAAGUUUCAACUCUACCACAGCAGAACAGAACGACAGCAAGACAGUGCAAACCCCUCAUAAUGGCGAAAAGAGUGAAACUCAUUCGGCGAAGCGCAAACGUAGAAGAAUUAACGCAUGGUCUAAAGGACUCGUAGUCAAACGACAGAAGACCGCACCGAAGAACUUCAAAGACUCCAGUAUGCCGAUAACGGAUGAAGAGUCGAAGGAGAAUAAGCCGAUAACAUCCACUCCCUUACACAACGGAUCUUGUAGUUCGUCGGGGUCCGACGAUGACGCACCGUUGCGGAGGCCGGCGAAUGAGGACUCGCUUUUGAACCUCACCGGACAUUCGGUUAUCAACCAUGUGCUUGAGAGUCCCGCCAAGACGACGGAAAGAACGCCCACGAAGCAAUCACCAAAGAAAAGGAAUUCAGGCCACGAGGCUUCUACUGGAGAUGCAGAGAAAGUACUGAUAAACAAGACUGAGUUAGAUAACAUUCUAUAUAAGAACGCGAAAGCUUUACGAAACAUAGGCCUCGAGGCGCUCCUAGACCUGUACGCACACCUCGCGUCGUCCGUACGUGCGUACGCGCAUAAGUGCGACCGCACUAAACUUCCGCACGAACUUCAUGCGGUGAUCACUAGGUAUUUGCACGCGAAGAAAUGAACGGAGCAGGGUUUCCGUCGAAGUUAAUAAACUUAUGUCAUAUUAACAAUGCUCCAAGUGUAAAUUUUGAAGGAAACAAAAGUAACAAAGGCGUUUUGUAAAGUUUAAAAAAAAACGCCUUUAUUCGAUAACUCCAUACAAAUUGUGUGGAUUAAUUGCAACCUAUCAACAUUGUAGGAUUUUAAGAACUGAACUGUCGUGAAUGUAAUUAAUAUAAUUUCAACAUACUAUAAAACAAAGUAGCUUUCCGGGUCUGUCUAAGUUAUUUUGCAAGUAGUAAAAAAAGAAUAUUUGGCAACCAAGUCGCCGAAAAAGAAAUUUAUAUAGGAGAUCAGUUUAAAGUUAAACAGUAAAUGUUUAAUUUUUAAGAUUAUGCAUUUUAAUAAUAGUGUUUGGUAUUCCAUAAAACAUUAAAUCACAACCUACUUUGUUGAUGUAGCAUGGCGUAAUUUAACUCUGAGGUUUGCUAACUUCAAAUAGUAACCCAAUGGGCCCAGGUUUACUUUAAACCAUUAGUCUAUACAACAUUUUGAAGUAAGUAAUUUGUUUUAAUUGUUGUAUUUAUGUGUUAUUUUUUCGCGACCGUCAAGUAUCUUAAUAUUUCAAAGUAAGAACGCAUCUUAAGCGAGUAUGUUCUGAUUUUUUUUCCAUGUUCUACAAAUAUUUAUGUAUCAAUAUAAUUCUAAGUCAGUUUUAACUACGAUGUAUCUAUUGAAAUAAACUAAAAUACUAAACUUUGCAAAGCCGUCCAAAACUCUUUUUUAAGCAAAACUAUUGACCUCUCAUUAUCUAAAUAGGCGAGGGAUUAACUGUGUGAUGCAAUCGCAAACAGCUACCAAAAUAUAGCCACACAUUAUUGUUCUAAGUGUCCAUCAGAUACUUAGAACAAUAAUGUCUAACAAAUAAAUAAAUAUGUUCUUCUUCGCUGUCAUUUCACUUGGACGGCAUUCGAUCCCAUUCUGAAAGUUUAUAGUUUUGAUUAUGCCAGCUCAUCCAAUGGUCCUCUUAAAAAUAAUUACAUAGCGAUUAAAAUUCCACUAAGUCAUUCAAUUUAUAGUCGGGUCGAUCAUCAGCAAUAUUUUUCAUAUCAAAGUUUCAAUCAUUGCGAUUGCUUUACACAAUAACCCCCUCCACAAAAUCAUAAUUUUGACGGAAGGUUUUCAUGUUGGUGGUUUAUUGGUUGGAAUAAAACAUUCCUUGUUAAUGUUGUGUCGGAGAUAAUGCUGGAAUUAUUGUAACGUGAUUAAUUUAAGGUUAGUUUAAUGUUACAGGGAAGAUUAUGUGUGUGUGAACUGUAUGUGUGGAUUAUUGUUUAUCUAUCUAGUACUUUAAUCUUUUUAAAUGUUGCCAGAGUAAUCUGUGACCCCAUUUGACCUUUAAUGUAAACAGAGCUUAUUUUGCGGUGGGUUGGUUGUCACGGCGUAUUUUUUCAUAAGAAUUAUUGAUUAUAUGAAAUAGUUGUUUUUAGUUUCUAUAAUUGCUUUCUAACUUACCUAACCUGUAGGAAGUAAUGAAAUAUAUAUACUUGUGAACUGUUGGGAAUUCUUCUUUGCUUGGUGUCGCGUCCCGCGAAUGAUCUUAUGAACAAAAACCCCAAACGGACCGGUGAUUACGAAUCCUGCGACUGGCUUUUUGUAUACACAUAAGUAACGUUUGAAAGCAAAUAUCGAAUGAUUUACUCCUGUCGCGAGAUUUACGAGAAUUUAGCCAAGCAAAAAUUCACGUCAGUUCUAACUGUUUAUUCAUCUCACUAGGAUCAAUAUAACACACGAAUGUUACGCUAAAAUAUUGUAUAACGAAUGCAAUGUAUGCUUUAUGUACCGUGCUAUACGCUAUAAUCGUUAUACAACUCUUGUAGCGCUUGAACUCUUAUUAAUAACUCUUAGUACUGCUUUGGUAACCACUGCUUCUCAUAAAUAAGUAAAUAUUAAUUUAAGUUACCAAUCUUCCCUGUAACAAGGUUGUAAAUUAUUAACACUUAUUUAUCUCUACAUAUUAUAAGGGAAAGUAUUACAAUUUUUCGUAAUUACCUAAACAGCCAAAUUGCGAGAAAAAAAGUGCACUAAUAUUUACGCCCAUUACUAGUACCGUAUUCAAAACUUAAUCUCCAUUUAAAACCCAUUUUUUUUUAUAAAAUUUAGCUUGUACAAAAUGUUAGUUUUAAUUAGUUAAAUUCAUUUUAGUUUUAAUAUAGUUUCAAGUUUAAGAAAAGGGAGACAAUGUUAUUUUAUUACUCAGUAUGUUUUUUAUUAUAUAGUCUCAUGAUCUUAAAUAUAGUUAAGUUUUAGUGCAACUUUAUCUAUUCGGUUAUGUAGUGGGCGUAAAUCUUUGUAAUCGUCUCAAUAGAUUGCCCUCUGGUCUGUGAUAAGUACGUAUUUUUUUAGGGUAAUGUGUAAAUAUUUAUCAAUGUCGCUUAUUCGAUUGUAAACAAAAUAACUUGAACUAAAAUCCAUUACACAGAAAACCACUGGUAAAACUAACCAGAGUCUUAUUAGUUGUUCCAGAUUUCUUAAAUAUAGUUCAAUGGGUGGUACAUACCACGAUAAUAUUUUUGGAUUCGUCGAUAUUUCGACCCAGUUGCAUGGAUCGUUGUCACGACGGGAUUGACCUGGUUCGGAUUUGGGAAAAAAAAAUCUUAAUCGGUCAUGGUUAUUUUCCAGUUCCAAAGUCAAGAUUACUUCAACUAUAUAAUACAUGAAUUACUAUAUAGUACUUGAAUUACUAUACAACGUGUAACAGAAUUAUGAAAUACUGCUGAAGGUUGCAUACGUAUAUUACAUAAGAUAUAACUCUGUAAAAAUUUUAAAUCAAAAGAAGCAUAUUUAUUUUACCACAUAUGUUUACUUAUGACA